AUGGCGCUUGACUACUUACACACGAAUCACAUUCUGCAUCGCGAUGUGAAGUGUUCGAAUAUCUUCUUAAUGAAAGAUCAAGACAUUCGUCUUGGUGAUUUUGGACUUGCCAAGAUGUUGACUUCGGAUGAUCUUGCCUCUUCCGUUGUCGGAACUCCCAGUUAUAUGUGCCCUGAGCUUCUUGCUGAUGUACCUUACGGCUCCAAGUCUGACAUAUGGUCUUUGGGAUGCUGUAUAUAUGAAAUGACUGCUCUUAAGCCCGCAUUCAAAGCAUUU